CGCAUGCGCCCGGCGUUGCCUCACUGAAAAAGACUACAAUCUCCAGAGAUACUUGCGGCAUCUCGCGCAAAAGUCCGUGGUUGAAAGUGGCAAAGGGGCCCAGACCGGAGGAAGUUAGGACUCCACUGGGGCGUGGUUGUUUGUGAUCCUUGCAUCUGUCACUUAGGGUCAGGACUUGGGUCUUGCCCCAGACCCUCGGAAGACCGGCCCUAGCGCAACUAUGAACUUGGAGCGGGUGUCCAACGAGGAGAAGUUGAACCUCUGCCGGAAGUACUACCUGGGUGGGUUUGCCUUCCUGCCUUUUCUCUGGUUGGUCAACAUUUUCUGGUUCUUUCGAGAGGCCUUCAUUGUCCCGGCAUACACGGAGCAGAGCCAAAUCAAAGGCUAUGUCUGGCGCUCAGCUGUGGGCUUCUUCUUGUGGGUGAUUGUACUCUCCACCUGGAUCACUAUCUUCCAGAUCUACCGGCCACGUUGGGGCGCCCUUGGGGACUACCUCUCCUUCACCAUACCCCUGGGUACCCCCUGACAGCUUCUUCUGUACAGGCAUGAGAACCAGGAUGGGCUCCUCUACUCCAAGCCCACUCUCAAGCCCUCAAGACUUGUUCCUGUCUCCUAUGUUCUCUGCUGACAUCUCCCAAUAAAGGACCCUAAUUCUCAA